CAGUGGGGGUUGCUCUAUUGGCUUCUACACGGCAGAGCAGGAGUCACAUUUCAGUGGCUUUUAAUGAAUUUAUGGGAUGGGUUGAAAUGUUUUGUUGGCAGUUGAAGCGUCACGGUGUGCUCAGAACAGGAAACUUAUAUUUAGUAUGACUUUGAUGCUUCAUUUUACUAGCAGACAUGACUGACGCGUUUGAGCUCAGAACAUGGAUUGAUUUUACAUGCCGUACUGUAAUGGAGAACAAAGUAUGCUGCAAUUACUUUUGGGAAAUAAGAUUUCUUCCCACAUGAGUGUUGUGUUACCGUAAAGAUGAGUAAUAGGAAGCACUUCACACACUAAGCUGCCCUUCUGUGUGUACACAGUUAAGUUUUACUCUACACGUACCUGGGUGGUAAACUUCUACUUGUGCUUAGUUUGAAAAGUGAACAGCUGUGAUCCAUUUCUCUUUAUCUGAACUGUGGUAUCAACAGGAGGAGCUGCAAACUACAGUCUGGGAAUGGACCAUUAAACUUCUGUAAUGGAGGAAUUCAUCGAGCUGGCUUCCUUCUCUGUGUGGAAAUGGUUUUAACAGGCGCAGAGUAACAUAGAGAGAAACUGUUCAAACAGAUAACGUGGGUUCGAACUAUUGCACAACGGACUGAGAAGAAAAACUGAGAUUUAAAAAAAAAAAAAAAAAAUUAUUUUCAAUUGUUUUUAACACUACACGCCACCAUGCCAAGCUCAACUAUUCGGAGGCAAAUGAAAAAUGUGGUAAAUAACUAUACAGAGCCAGAGAAGAAGGUCAGGGAAGCAACUUCCAAUGACCCGUGGGGCCCCUCCAGUUCUCUGAUGUCAGAGAUCGCCGACCUCACUUACAAUGUGGUGGCCUUUUCGGAGAUAAUGAGCAUGAUUUGGAAGAGGCUGAAUGACCAUGGAAAGAACUGGCGGCAUGUGUACAAGGCCCUGACGCUGCUGGACUACCUGAUCAAAACGGGCUCCGAGCGAGUGGCCCUGCAGUGCAAAGAGAACAUCUUUGCCAUACAGACGCUGAAAGAUUUCCAGUAUAUCGAUCGGGACGGCAAAGACCAGGGCAUCAACGUCAGAGAAAAGUCCAAGCAGCUGGUGGUGCUUCUCAAGGAUGAUGACCGUCUGAAGGGUGAGCGCUCUCAGGCCCUGAAGACUAAGGAGCGCAUGGCACAGGUCGCCACCAGUGUGGGCAGCAACAAUCAGAUCAGCUUUGGCCGUGGCUCCAGCCAGCCCAACCUCUCCACCAGCUACUCGGAAGAGUACGGCAAGUCUGAGGGCUCACCUGCAUCAUAUCAUGGAUCCACAUCUCCCAAUGCAUCUUCAGAGUUGGAGCAAGCUAGGCCUCAGACGAGUGGAGAAGAGGAGCUACAGUUGCAAUUGGCUCUUGCCAUGAGUCGAGAGGCUGCCGAGCAGGAGGAGAGGAUGCGUCGUGGGGAUGACCUACGGCUCCAGAUGGCUCUGGAAGAAAGCCGUAAAGACACCAACGCAGGGAAAGUGGCCAAGAAGAAGAAAGAGCCUCCACAGUCUUCUCUGAUGGAUCUGAUGGACCCGGUUCUCGAGGGCCCUGCCGCUCAAGCGGCGGACCCUUGGGGAGCAGGUGCUGCAGCAGCAGUCCCCGCCUCAGACCCCUGGAAGUCCUACGGCUCCGCCCCUAAGCCAGCUGCUCCUGUGGAUCCCUGGGGUCUUCCCAGUGCCUCUCCCUCGGUCACUCCUCUGAAGAGCAGUGACCCCUGGGGGUCGACCUCGGCUCCUGCAGCUGCUGAUCCCUGGGGCCCAAUGCCUGCCACCCGCCCCAAAGCUCCUGCCACAGUUGGGAGCUUUGAUCUUUUUUCCACACCAAAUGGUACUUCCAGGGAGGACCUCUCCGAGUUUGACAGUCUUCGCUCUUCAGCACUGACAGGUGAUGGUAGAGGAAGUUCUGCCUUGCCAUCGCAGACCAGCUUGUCUGUAGGCUCAGAUCUGUUUGACGUACCGAGCGGCCCAACCAGAAAAACUCCAGAGUCUUUCCUGGGUCCCAACGCUGCUCUUGUCAACCUAGACUCUCUGGUCAGCAAGCCUCUCCAGCAGCCUCCAGUCUCCAACCCCUUCCUUGCUGCAGCCUCAGGAGCAGCUUCAGCUCCUGCUCCUGCACCUGCCGCUCAAAUCAACCCCUUCCAGGUGAACCAGCCACAGCCGCCCACCCUCAACCAGAUGAGAGUCAGUCCCAUGAUGGGCCUGAGCGGUCAGGGCUUCAGCAGCAUGGCCCAGAGAAGCAACGAUCCCCUGCCUCUGUCUUCAAUGCCCCCAGUCGGUCCCGUCUCAAUGGUACCCAUUGCCGGCAUGGCUCCUCUUGGGCCUGUGGGCCAGAUGAUGCCAAACAUGGGGAUCCCAGCAUCCAUGUCCAUGCCCCAGCCGCUCAUGAGCGGAGGGCUGCCGCCCACGGGCGCAGCAACACAAGCCGGCGGCACAACCAACCCCUUCUUAUUGUGAGGAACAACAUAGGCUGCCUCCCCGAAACCCACACAAAUCUCUCUCCUAUCCCAUUUCUAUGCUAUAGACAACAUAGUCGGUUGUGUCCCCCCCAAACCGGUGUGCUAUUUUGAGACUUUUGGGAGUAUCAGUGGUGUUUACAGGUUUUACACUGGCAGGUGAUUCCCUUCCUCUCCUGUCAGAGAUUGGUACCAUACAGCAAUUUGGUAUUCGUUUCUAAAUUUCCUCGAAAGAAACCAUCAGCGAUACAGCGUCUCUCCCGUUCAAAGGGGUCCUGUUUUUAACUUCUUUUUUGAUGGCUUACUUUUCUUAUCAGAGGCUUGAAACUAGGAGUACUGGUUUGUCUUAAUUUUUCUAAUUUCUAGUCUUUCGAGCAGCGUGCUAGAUAUAAAGCUAACCCUUUUAAUCCAAGCAGCCUGUACGUUCUACGCAGUGCAUAUACACUAUGUGUAUUUACAGUACGCUUAAGUAGACAGUUUAGAGGACUCUCUAUCAGUUUACAUGGAAAUGAUUUUGAUGUUCCAAGCAGGGAUUUUGCACAUGCUCUGAUUUAUCUUCCUUUGACUGUUUGCCCACCGUUAGUCCUUAGUGCGAGAAAUGAUGGGAAACCGUUAACUAAGGCGCGAGCAAAGAGCGAGUCUGUGAACUGCAUGUGUGAAUGCUUUCAAACCUGAUGCAUUGAAAGAUGAACUUCAUACUGAAGUGGAGAGUUGUUCUUUCUUCCUUUUCUUUUUUAAUGCACGACGGGGAGUUGGUUUGCAUAUCGUAAUACGGCUCAACUUUUAUACCGAAGCCUGUUUUUUACUGCUUUACAAUCCCAAGACGUUUAUUGGGUGAAUGGGUUCUUUCAAUUCAAUACGGCUCACUAUUUGCACAGCACAGCUCCAUAUUUCCACAGCUAAUCGAUACUAAUGAUUAGAAUUCAUCCGCUUAGCUUCUCUGUGAGUAUCCAACAACCUGAAAUGUGAUCAUUUCAGUAACGUUUUCUUUUUUAUUUAUGUAUGUGUGCGUGUGGAUGGAUGGAGCAAAGGGAAACGGGAGGAAAUUUGUGUUCAUCUUCAUCAGGUCCUAAUGCAUCUUACUGUUAUAACCGACAGCUGUAUCACUAAUCACUGCUUCCUAAUGCAAUCCGUUCAUGUACAUUGGAGAAAUGUAUAUCAAAGCUUGUUGUUAACAAAAUCCUCAGUUCUGUAUGGAAAGCUAACUUUCUUAUAGUGUUACGAGAAUGAGCGGCGAUGCUAAGACAGGUUAUAGUGUGGGAGGGAUCCCGUAACGGAUUGUAUGAUCGAUUUUCUAGUUUUUUUUUUUUUUUUGAUGUUGAAUAUGUGGUAUAAAUGUACGUUAGGGGUCAUAUGCAUCUUUCUGCAGCUAGAAACCUGUGGUUAAAUUGCAUUCUGUAUUCAAAUAAUGAGUUUAUUUUGGCCACGGUUUUAUCAUAAGUCAUAAAUGAGACUUAAACUAGACUAUGAAUCGUUUGAUAUCACAAUUAACAGUCGAUUUAAAGCAAGAACGCCUAGACUUUGGUGUGUCGUGUGGCUUGCUAUGUCUACACUUUUUAAUUCAACCAGUUAAGCACAAGAUGGCAAUAUCUGCCACCGAAUAGUAGUUACCAAAGUGACUCUGCUUGUCCUUUUUAAAUGCAGAGCUGCGGUCAUUUUCUAAUUGACUACACGUUUAUCUCUCUUCAAUUGUUCUCCUAUUAUUAUCAUCAUUAAUAUUACUGCUUUUGUUUUCUUGAUUCCUGCUAGAGUAUGGACUCUACGGUUUCUCUCAUCUGUGAGCUAGUGACCUCUGCUGGAAAUAUUGCGGUAGUACUGCCAUGUGCAGCCUUGUAGCAGAGCCUGGGUGUGUUAUGGUCAAUAAUCUGCAGGCAUACUCAGGCAUUUUGGGGGGUGGUUGUGGCAAAGAAAGCUUUAAGAUGUAUGUAAUGCGCUUUUGAUGGACGUGAUGGUUUAAGCAGGCUCUAUUCCUGCUAAACGAGACUCCCUGCUAGUGAACAUCACUGUACUCGAUUAUGCAGACUAGUUUGACUUUCGAAUCCAUACGAUAUCUAGCUGAUUUCGUCUCGGCCAUCUUGUUUUGCUGUUACCGUGUAUCACUCGUUCUUCUGUUAUUAUGUACUCAUUAUGCAUUUAUUGUGGAGGACUAACCUUGUGAACAUGCAUAACAUUUUAUUUUUCCAUGUUAUUGUGUCUGUGUAUUUACCAAACUGUCUCAUAUUACUGGGAGCAGGCUGCUUUUUAUGGAUAUGUGCUCAACCUGUUGGCAUUAUAACUGUAUAAUAUAAUUUAUCAUCUGUUCUAUUGUAACAUAUUGUUGUGUACCUUAUUUCUGUGUAAUGGUUUUGUAGGAAAGUCACAGGAAGAGUGAUUGUUUUAUUGCCAUCUAAACCACAGCAAGUGAUAAAGGACCUGUAGCUGCAGUGGUAAAACAAAUAAAUUGUAUCAAUGA